AUGGCUGCCUCCGAAAUAGAGUCUUUGAGGGAGUCGAAAGGAAAGAAAAGGUUGACGAUCAUUAUAACUGUUAUAUGCGUCGGAAUAUUUGCCAUUGGCUUAAGCAUUUGCUUCAUCUUGCUUGCCUUGCGGAAGAAGAAAGUUAAUUCCCAACAUGAUCCAGAGCAAGAAAACAUCGACGAGGGAAGGAAAGCAGAUUUGGAGGUACCAUUAUUUGAUUUUGAGACGAUAUGUAAAGCCACGAGCAAUUUCUCACCGCGAAAUAAGCUCGGACAAGGCGGCUUUGGAGUAGUAUACAAGGGAAUAUUGGAAAAUGGACAGGAAAUUGCUGUGAAGAGGCUUUCAAAGAGAUCAUGCCAAGGAGUUGUGGAGUUCAAGAAUGAAGUGUUAUGCAUCUCCAAACUUCAGCACCGCAACCUAGUGAAACUUUUAGGGUGUUGCAUUGAGCCACAUGAAAGAAUAGUGAUAUGUGAGUUCAUGCCUAACAAAAGCUUAGACUCCUUUAUAUUUGAUGAAAAGCAAAGCAUAUUGCUAGACUGGCCUAAGAGGUUCCAAAUUAUCAAUGGAAUUGCUAGAGGUCUUCUUUACCUUCAUCAAGAUUCGAGACUCAUAAUUAUACACAGGGAUUUAAAAGCUGGCAAUGUACUAUUCGAUUAUGAGAUGAAUCUAAAAAUUUCUGAUUUCGGUUUGGCUCGAAGUUUCGAUGGAGAUGAGACCGAAGCCAACACAAAUAGAGUGGUUGGAACAAUAGACGAUAUGUCUCCCGAGUAUGCAAUCGAUGGAUUAUUUUCAAUAAAAUCCGAUGUUUUCAGCUUUGGAGUUCUGAUGCUAGAGAUAGUAACCGGGAGAAGGAACAGGGGAUUCUCAGAUCCAUACCAUAAGCUCAACCUUGUCGGGCAUGCUUGGAGGCUUUUCAAUGAAGGCAGGUCAUUUGAAUUGCUGGAUGAAAAGACAAAGACAUCAUGUGAAAUAUCCGAAGUGUUGAGAUCAAUACAUGUGGGCUUACUAUGUGUACAACAUCGCCCGAAAGACCGGUCAUGCAUGGCGGCCGCGGUUCUAAUGCUGAGUAGUGAGACUUCUUCAUUACUUCGACCAAAAAAACCAGGCUAUUUUGCAGGCGGAGAUGAAGAUGAUCCUUUUUCGACCAAAUUCCCCUUUCCUUCUAAUUCAUUGACCAUAACAUUACCUAGAUAG